GCCACGCCUUCGGGGCGUGGUUAGCUUAGGUAGUCACGCCUCUCCAUGUUGCCCUUGGGCCUCUGCGCGGGUUUGUGGGUGUUGUAGUGCGCGUGUGCGCGAUCCAGACCGCCGCUGCCAGUUGAACCAGGUGGAGUAUCAUCUUUGGUCACCAAGUCUCAUGAGGACCUGGGCACCAUGGUGCCCACUGGCCAGGGGGCAGAAAAGCAGGCAUGCAAGGAGCCCAGGCAGGACCAUGAACUCCAGUCCUGGCGAUGCCUAGUAGUCUAUCUCUGCUUCUUUGGCUUCAUGGCACAGUUGCGGCCUGGGGAGAGCUUCAUCACGCCCUACCUCCUGGGACCAGACCAUAACUUCACAGCGGAGCAGGUGACCAACGAGAUCAUUCCAGUGUUGCCCUACUCCCACCUGGCCGUGCUGGUCCCCAUCUUCCUGCUCACGGACUACCUGCGAUACAAGCCAAUCCUGGUCCUGCAGUGCCUGAGCUUUGUGAGCGUCUGGCUGUUGCUGCUGCUGGGCCGCACUGUAGUGCACAUGCAGCUCAUGGAGUUCUUCUACAGCAUCACCAUGGCCGCGCGCAUCGCCUACUCCUCCUACAUCUUCUCCCUGGUGCACCCGUCCCGCUACCAGCGCAUGGCCAGCUACUCAAGGGCAUCGGUGCUGCUGGGAGUCUUCACCAGCUCUGUGUUGGGCCAGGUGCUGUUUACCUGGGAACAUGUCUCCACCACCAUGCUCAACUACAUCUCCCUGGGUUUUAUUAUCUUCAGCCUGGGCCUCUCCCUCUUCCUAAAGCGCCCUAAGCACAGCCUCUUUUUCAACCGCAGCGCACUUGUGCGCGGAGCCUUGCCCUGUGAGCUGGACCAGAUGCACCCGGGCCCUGGCCGACCAGAGCCUGGGAAACUAGAGCGGGUGCUGGGCACUUGCAGGGACUCCUUCCUGGUGCGCAUGCUAAGCGAACUGGUGGAAAACGCACAGCAACCACAGCUGCGCCUCUGGUGCCUCUGGUGGAUCUUCAACUCGGCGGGCUACUACCUGAUCACCUACUACGUACACGUCCUGUGGAAGAACACUAACAACAACCUCACCUACAACGGCGCCGUAGAUGCUGCCUCCACACUGCUGAGCGCCGUCACGUCCUUCUCUGCGGGCUUUGUGAAGAUCCGCUGGGCUCUGUGGUCAAAGUCGGUCAUCGCAAGUGUUGUAGCCAUCCAGGCUGGGCUGGUUUUCUGUAUGUGCAAGGUCAAAAAUAUCUGGAUGCUCUACGUGGCCUUCGUGCUUUUCCGUGGGGCCUACCAGUUCCUUGUGCCCAUCGCCACUUUUCAGAUUGCAUCUUCCCUGUCUAAAGAGCUCUGUGCCUUGGUCUUCGGGAUCAACACAUUCCUUGCCACUAUGCUCAAGACCUCUAUCACACUGGUGGUCUCUGACAAGCGGGGUCUGGGCCUCACAGUCGAAAGUCAGUUUCUUAUCUACUCCUUGUACUUCCUGGUGCUGUUCAUCAUCUGCUUUGUGGGGGCUGUGCUGGAUGGCUGGAGAUACUGCCGGCGUGGUCACCACCAGCCCCUGGCCCUGGCCCAGGAGCUGAGGAGUCCCUUGGAGAGUUCUGUGCAGGUGCUAAGUGUACAGGAUGGAGGCCUAAGGGGACUGCAGCCCUCAGCUCCACCACUGCUCUCAGAGGAUGGCAUAGAGGACAGCGUGGCAGACCUGAGAGUCGAAGCCAAGGCCUGACCCAUCCUGACCUUCCUGGCUUCAUCCCACUUCAGCGGGAGGAUUCCUGACUCAAACAACCCUUCCCAUGUACGCUCCAUCAUGAACCAGCCUGGGCCUGAUGCUACAGACAAGGCUCCCAGUCUAUACUGUCUUGAGUCCCAGGGCCUAAGACAUGUCGGGCCCCUGUGUUGCCUUUCAGGAACCCUCGGUAUGUCCACAGGAGGUCACCUUAGGGGCCACCUGCUUUAAAUGAGGGACAACAGUUUGUCCCUACUGACAGCCUCUGAGGACCCUAAACCCAGCCUACUUUAUGCUUUAGCUGUGGCCAAAGCCUGCUGGGGACAUUCAGGCUGGCCUUGUGACAUGCCAGGCCACUGUGAGCCUGGGUUGCCUAUUGCUUGCCAAGAAGAGCCUGUGUUGGGGUCAACUGUGCCCACCAGGCCAGCCCGCCCUUAGCCCUUGGAAGCUCAGGACAAAUCCCAGGGCUAGUGAGGUAGCCCAGACACCAGCCAAGGCACGCUGACCCUGCAGGGUGCUGGUCCUUCUGUGUGGGGUAGAUAGAUGCCUGUCCUGGCUCCUGGCUAUGCUGUCAAACUCACUUCCACCAUUGGAGGUGCUUGUUUAAAUGACUAUCUGAUCCUUUUUUAAAAUCAACUGACAUUAAAAUGGAGAACUACA